GUUACGUCUCCCCCUGCACCUGUAACCCUAGCCGCCUCGAAAAUUCCUAAUUAUUUUUUUCCUACAAAAUUUUCAAAGAAAUUCGCAGAUCCUCUCCUUCUUUCAAACCCAUCUUCAAAUCAAUUGUCUUUGAAAAAAAACAUGGGACUGAAGCGACCUUUUGAUGCUGAAGAGAUGCAAGAGUUCAAUGCUAAGCACGCAAGACAGCUUACUUACAACCCUAACCAAUUUGACCAAUCUGUUCCAUAUCAUCAUCCUCUGGACAAGACAGCUGUCUUAGUGGAGAAGGAUUUUGACGCAUAUGCACCCUUCUCCUGGAUCUCAAGCGGAUUGUGUCAGGAGGAUGCUCAGACUCAGUCAUCCCUCUCUAACGAAUCUUCUGGAUCGGACCUCACGUGGCGACCACUUUCCCCGGUGGAGGAUGUUUAUACUUGCCUGAUGAACCAACCUCCUACGAAGCAAGUUCCUGUUGGGUCUAAUCAUCAAGCUUCUAUCCCUGAAUGUGAGAUUCUUGUUCAAACAAACGAUGACUUGGACAGAAAGCUGAUGGGAAAGUGCAUCAUACCAAUGCCUGAGUCAGACGUUUGUGAAGCCGGUGAAGGAAGAAAGGAAUGUCUCUGCCCGGAUAAAGACACGGUCAGAUGCGUGCGGAGACACAUCAUGGAAGCUAGAGAAGGCCUGAUCGAAGCUAUUGGAUACGAAAGGUUUAUGGAGCUAGGGCUUUGUGAAAUGGGGGACGAAGUUAUAAGCUUGUGGAGUGAAGACGAAGAAGAUCUCUUCCAUAGAGUUGUCUACUCCAACCCUGUUUCACUUGGUCGUGAUUUCUGGAAGCAGUUGAAGGCGACGUUUCCUUCGAGAACCAUGAAGGAGCUUGUUAGCUACUACUUCAACGUCUUCAUCUUGCGGAGACGUGCGACUCAGAACAGGCUUAAAACCCUAGACGUUGACAGCGACGAUGACGAGUGGCAAGUAGAGUACGACGUCUUUUGCAAAGGACAUGUAGAUAACGAGGAGGAAGAAGAAGAAACCAACAGCAGCGAUGAUGAAGACGAGGAGGAGGAGGAGGAAGAAGACUCACCGGCUAAGGAUGCUCACUGUGUAUAUAUGGAUAAGGUUUCUUCAAGAGACGUGGAAGACGACUCGUGUAUGUCCUUCGAGAUGCAUGACUCCAAUUUGAUAUUUGCUCACAGCCCACCAACGGUUGAGAAGAGAGAGUCACACGGAUCUGGUUUGUUUUCUUUUGAUGAUGCUUGUGAUGGAAGACUGGCGUCAUCAUCAGAUUGUUGGACCAAGAACAACGACCUUCUACCAACUUCCAACAUCAUGGAUGAGAUAUUUGGUAAAGACGAAUGGGGAGAGGAUGGUAGUGAUAACUUGAAGGGGAAGAAGUAGUUUGAAGGUUGAAGGUUUCUUUCUCCCACUUCUGCAGAGCUUUUUCUCUUUUCUUUUUUCUAAAUGAAAUUAUUUAAAGAAGCAGAAGUUUGAAUGUUUCUUCUUCCUUUGGAAUUUUCUUUUGGUCGGUUUUUUUAGGUUGAACAAGGGACCUCUGUAAAAUCUAUUAAUCCCAGGAACCCUUUUCUUUUUUAGGUUUCGACUCCUCAAGAUUAUUUAAUUAAUCUUUGUAUAUUUUGCUGUAUUAAAAGAAAACAAAAAUCCUGAAUUAAACUA